CGGGCCGCCAUUGGCCGGCGGGCGGGCAGACGCGCCGGCACGCCGCCGUCCCUGAUUGGGCGGCCGGUGGGAAAGGUUAAACCAAAAAAUUUUUUACAGCCCCGGUGCGUGUCUGCAGCUCUGAAAUUAAUUGCGGCCAGGGCGGUCUGUAUAGCCCGUCUCCGCUCGCUCCUCGCCGACCCGCGGCUGCGGCUGCUCCUUCCUCCCCCCUGCUCUGCCUUGCCGGGGGAACCAGGCACCAUGAAGUAGCUUUUUUUUUUUUUUUUUUUGUGUGUGUUUGUGUGUUGGUUUUUUUUUUUUUUUUUGGUUGUUGUUGGGUUUUCAGAGGGUUUUUUUUCCCUUUUUUUCUCCUUUUUUUUUUUUCCUCCGCUCUGACUCGGUUUGAUUUUAUCUGAUUGGUGAUUAUUAUUACUAUUAUUUUUUUCCCUCCCCGGCGGUUCCUGUCCUUGCUACAUGACUUGCCAGCGCUUGAGACUGCGGUCCAACUGCGCUGCCGCCGCCGCCGCCGCCGCCGCCGCCGGUGGUGCCGCCGCCGCCGCCUCGGCCGCCGCCGCCGCCGCCUCCUCGGCCGCCGCCGCCCCGCGCGCUGCUCCCUCGGCCGCUGCAACUUUCCCCCUCAGACUAGUGUGUGAUGUUGGACAUGGGAGAUAGGAAGGAAGUGAAAAUGCUGCCGAAAUCCUCCUUUAGCAUAAACAGCCUGGUGCCCGAAGCCGUCCAGAGCGACAACAACCACAGCAGCCACAGCCACCACAACAGCCACCACCCCCACCACCACCACCACCACCACCACCACCACCACCACCCGCCGCCGCAGCAGCAGCCCCAGCGAGCCGCCGCGGCCGAGGAGGAGGACGAGGAGAAGGGCCAGCUCCUCCUGCCGCCCCCCGCCGCCGCCGCCGCCGCCUCCGGCGCCCUGGAGGUGGCCAAGGCGGACAUGCUGGCGGGCAAAGGCGACGCGGGCGCGGCGGCGGCGGCGGCGGCGGAGCUGGAGGAGAAGGAGAAGGCGGCGGAGGAGAAGAAGGGGGCGGCGGAGGGGGCCAAGGACGGGGAGAGCGGGAAGGAGGGGGAGAAGAAGAACGGCAAGUACGAGAAGCCGCCGUUCAGCUACAACGCGCUCAUCAUGAUGGCCAUCCGGCAGAGCCCCGAGAAGCGCCUCACGCUCAACGGCAUCUACGAGUUCAUCAUGAAGAACUUCCCCUACUACCGGGAGAACAAGCAGGGCUGGCAGAACUCCAUCCGCCACAACCUCUCCCUCAAUAAGUGCUUCGUCAAGGUGCCCCGCCACUACGACGACCCGGGCAAAGGGAACUACUGGAUGCUGGACCCCUCCAGCGACGACGUCUUCAUCGGGGGCACCACCGGCAAGCUCCGCCGGCGCUCCACCACCUCGCGGGCCAAGCUGGCCUUCAAGCGGGGCGCCCGGCUCACCUCCACCGGACUGACGUUCAUGGAUAGGGCAGGAUCCUUGUACUGGCCUAUGUCCCCCUUCCUCUCCCUGCACCACCCCCGGGCCAGCAGCACUUUGAGUUACAACGGGACCACGUCCGCCUACCCCAGCCACCCCAUGCCCUACAGCUCAGUGUUGACUCAAAACUCCUUGGGAAACAACCACUCCUUUUCCACGUCUAAUGGGUUAAGUGUUGAUAGACUAGUCAAUGGAGAGAUACCUUACGCCACUCAUCACCUCACAGCAGCAGCUCUGGCCGCCUCAGUGCCGUGUGGCUUGUCAGUUCCCUGCUCCGGCACCUAUUCCCUAAACCCCUGCUCCGUAAACCUCCUAGCAGGACAGACGAGUUACUUUUUCCCCCAUGUUCCUCACCCUUCAAUGACUUCUCAGAGCAGCACUUCAAUGACGGCCAGGGCAGCCUCCUCCUCCACGUCGCCACAGGCGCCCUCCACUCUCCCCUGUGAGUCCUUAAGACCUUCUUUGCCAAGUUUCACAACGGGACUUUCCGGAGGACUUUCUGAUUAUUUCACACAUCAAAAUCAGGGGUCUUCUUCAAACCCUUUAAUACAUUAACAUCCAUGGGAUCAGACUGUAAGUGAACAUUUUACACACGUUUGCAUUGUAAAUGAUAAUUAAAAGAAAAAAAAAGCAAAACAAAAAAGUCCAGGUAUUUUUUAUUAAGUCCCCCAUUUUCUGUACGUUUGUUCAGUCUUUAGGGUUGUUUAUUAUUCCACCAAGGUGAGGAGUGUCAGCAAGGUGCAAUGUGGGGAGAUUACAUUGUAGACUAUGAAGUUCGGAAGACAAAAUUAUAGUAGAAUGUGUAUCUAAAUAGUGACUGCUUUUGCAAUUUUUUAUUCAAAUACGAUAAGUCUAUCACUAAAAGCCGCCAGAUUCUCCAUGUUUGCAGUAUUAUAAGUUAUCAUGGAUAUGUCGGUGGGUGCAGACCUUGAAAGAAAAAAAUAAAAAAAAACCACCACUAAAUUUAUGAAGACUAUCAAAAACUUAAAACAGAAUUUGUAUUUAAGCAGAAUACUGAAUACCGAAAGGUGCCCAAGAACUACAUUUUGGCCAUUUAUUAUUUUAUCCUUUUCUUUACCGAACCGCGCUUUUGGGGGGGUUCCUUUUCUUUUUUUUUUUUUUUUUUGUGUUUUUUUUUUUUGUUUGUUUGCUUGUUUACUUUUAGACCAAAGAUUGGGUUUUAGAAAAUGCACUCAGUGUACGGAGUAAUUUAAAAAAACAGCAACAUUAUUUCAGUUUGCAGCACUGCCCGUUCAAAUGAAUCAGAAGGGGACAAAAUUAAUGAUUGCCUUCAGUUUGUGUUGUGUAUAUUUUGAUGUAUGUGGUCACUAACAGGUCACCUUUAUUUUUUUUCUAAAUGUAGUGAAAUGUUAAUACCUAUUGUACUUAUAGGUAAACCUUGCAAAUAUGUAACCUGUGUUGCGCAAAUGCCGCAUAAAUUUGAGUGAUUGUUAAUGUCGUCUUAAAAUUUCUUGAUUGUGAUACUGUGGUCAUAUGCCCGUGUUUGUCACUUACAAAAAUGUUUACUAUGAACACACAGAAAUAAAAAAAUAGGCUAAAUUCA